AUGAUAAGUUAUGAGUUAAAACUUUCAACAGAUAUGGUCACAAAGUAUACGCUCAUGAUAGCAUUCGGAUGCUUGGUGUUGACGUUGUCCCAAAUAGUGAAUAAGGUGAACUACAUUGGAUCCACUUACGCAAUUGGAGCAAUAUUAACAGGCAGAAACAGUCAUAUACAUACAGCAAUGUUCAUAAUGGGAUUUGGAUGUAGUAUAGAUAUAAUUCAUCUCAUUACCUAUAGCUCUAAAUCGAGUUGGAUUUUUAUCAAAGUUGUUCAAUUUAUUACACGUCUUCUGGGUUUUAUGUUCGAGAUCGUUACUAUUGUGUCGUUACAUUGCUACUGGAAGUAUACUGAAGAAAUUAAAAAACAACCGGAAAAAUCAUGGUUUCAACAUAAACUAGGCCAAAUAUUUUCCAAUAAUUAA